UUUCCUACACUGAUGUAUGGCCAUCACUGAAUCUUUGAUGAAGGAAGGCAAGAUCUUUGUGACCAUGGCUACCGAACAGUCAUUUGAAGUCUACAGUCAAAAGUGUGUUUCUCCACCUCUGAGGUUUAAUAUUGCUAAUGGAACUGCAAGCAUCAUUGAGAUGUCUAAUGGUCAUGGUAAAACCAAUGGCAAUAGUAGUGUUAGUGAAAAAGGAGGCUUUGAAGAUGAUGAAUUAACUAAUCUCACAUGGUUACAGGACACAAAUUUGUUGAAGAACAUUCAGAUGGGUUCCUGUGGUGAAGCUGAAGUCAUUUUGAAUGACAACCAAGCUGAUGAUCUUUUUGAAGAUGCAGCAGAUGAUGGAAGUGACAAAACAGAAAGCCCAUUCUCUAGCAAGUCUACACUCACUGAACCCUAUAAUCCUCAGGUUCAUGUGAAUGCUAAGCCUCCCUACUCUUUUAGUUGCCUUAUUUUCAUGGCCAUCGAGGACUCUCCGGUUAAAGCACUUGCAGUCAAGGACAUUUACUCGUGGAUUCUUACCCACUUCCCUUACUUCCAGAAUGCCCCUACGGGUUGGAAGAACUCGGUUCGUCAUAACUUGUCUCUGAACAAGUGUUUCAGCAAGGUUGACAAGAUCAAGGGUCAGAACAUUGGAAAAGGCUCCCUCUGGUGUAUAGAUUCUCAGUUCCGACCUAAUUUACUUCAAGCUUUGAGGAAGUCUCCAUCAUCAACUUUUUCACACAUGCCCAGUUUGGACUACAUCUUACGGUUUUCUCAGCCCAAAGCAAAUAAUACUUGUGACAAGCCACUACCUUUGGUUCCAACUCUAUCAAAUAUCAACCUGCCUUCUCCAG